GGGAAGGCGGAGCCAGGAGCCAGGAGCCAGCCAAUCAGCUGCCGCGAAAGCAGCUCUGACGCGAGGGAAGGAGAGUAGAAACGAAAGUCGGACGGGAUUGGUCGCCCGCGCCGCUCGUCUCCGUCUCCAUCUUAGCACCGUGCGCGAGACGGAGGGGCGGGGCUUUCCUCUUCUUCUCCGGGGGUAAAAAGGGGGAGGAGCUAUGCGGCGGCUAGUGGAACUCCUGGCGACCUGGCUUGGUCGUGUCUACCGGUUUAAAGCCGAGUUUUGAGGAUUGCUGGGUUGGAGCAAAGGGCCCAUGGAUCCCCUUUACGCACACUCAGAGGCUUCUGGGGGAAAGCUCACCGGCAGCGCAUGAAGGAGAUUUGAGCAGAGAAUGACACUGGAGAAAAAAUGAAGUUUGCCUGUCUUUCCUUCCGUCAACCUUACGCCGGGCUGGUUUUAAACCAAGUUAAAACAAUAGAGACCCGUUGGCGACCGUUGCUGGCAGAGUACAAAGCUUGCACCGUUGCUGUCCACAUUGCUUUUAAAGACUGGGGUGACGACACCUGGAAAGAGAUCCUCGAGAAGAGACUUGGCAUGACGUGGACACAGAUUGAAGAGUUAGUAGAUGAGGGUGAGAAGUUUGGCAGGGGUGUUAUUGCAGGGCUAAUUGACAUUGGAGAAACAUCACAGUGUCCAGAAAACAUACCUCCUGAAGACCUCUUGGACCUGGAAUCUAGAGCCAUACUCUCAGGCCUAGAACAGAAGUACCUGACAUCCAUUUCAAACCCCAGAUGGUUGCUGGAACCCAUCCCUGCACGAGGGCACAAGGAUGUCUGGCAAGUGGACAUCCCUGAAGAACUCAUUCCUUCUCUGGAACAUCACUGAUGGUGUGUGUAUGGCUCUUUGGCCCAUUGGCCGACCCAAGUGUGCCCCUCUUGUGAGCAGAAGUAGCUUGCAGGUGCUGAUUCUACCCCAGUGGUCUCCAUUGGUGAACGUUACAGACUUCCGGACAGCUGGCUGGAAUCCGAGUGCAGCUUGUGGAUACGGUGGGCAGAAAGCAAGCAUUGUGGGCAAUGAAUGCUUGAGUCCAGCUGCUUGUAUCCGAAUCAUUGUAAAUAACUAUAUACAUAAAUUACAUAGACAGCUUUUGUCAGUGAGUAAACCGAUAAUUUGACUCUC